AUGGUCAACCAGCCUUUCUCGAAUCCGCAACGCGUCAAGAAGGUUCGAUCUUCGCUCAGGAAGAGGGGAUCGAGAGGAAAGGGAAAAGGCCGAAAAGAAAAGAAUGCAGUGGAAGCUGUGGCAAACCAGCAGCAAGACACAUCGCAGCCGGAUGUGACCAUGGAGAUCCCCAAGCCAAAGCGGAGGCGCGAGAGGAAGAACCGUAAAUGGAAGCCUUACUCCGCGAUGACCUGGCAGGAGAAACUUGAGCAGGAGAAAAAAGAAUCGAUCAAGGCUGAGCAGAUGGAUAAUCCCUUCGACGCACCGUCCAGUAGGAGAAAGAAGAGGAAGAAGAACACCGAGAUCAACAUGCCCAGAGCUCCAAGAAACACCACACAGAGCUUGAUACACGCAGAUAGUACGGAAUAUGAAAGAGCAAGCUUGGAUUUGGAACGAAGGGUUGUUAUCCCAUCGAUGCAAGGAAUUUUAUCUAGGGAGACCCUCAAAAAUGGGAGAAAUUUCGAUUCUCAUGAAGAUAGCUCAGAUGAUGACAGCGAAGUAGAGUAUGCAACCUUGCUAUCAUGUUCAUUAAUGUUUGCUCCUCAGGGUGGAGUUCGAAGUCCUGGAAGUAUUUCCUUGGGUUCUCCAUACGAUGGGAGCAUAAAGUGGAUGCUUGUUUUACAUAUGAUUGGCUUAUUCUGA